AUGGGAACCCGGGAGGGAGAGCCGGAGACGAACGCUUCACCUUCUCGUGGUAGUUCGAGUGCUUCUGACCCGCGUCCCGCGGUGGAGAUGCGUGAACUGCAGAAGACGGAGACUUUCGUCCAGAGGAGCCAUUUGCGGAGUGUUUUGAGGAAUCGUCGCAAUGUGUCCAACGUAGUCAAACGAAAGGACUCAAUAUGGCAGGAAGAGCCGCCGUGCAUCAUAAAGUACAGAGCCGAACACCUGCACUACUAUGGGUGGUUCCCCCUUCUGGCCCUGCACAAUUUCAAGGCGAUGGUGCUGUCAGACCUGUACCUCCACUUGCAGGGCCUGGCCCUGGUGGGGUGGAUGGUGGCCCUGCACACAACAGGCCUGGGGGUGCCAGUCAGCGACCUGUCUACAUUUUUGAGGAUGUUUGGAACACCCUACGCUGGUGCAAUCUUCAACAUGGCGAUGCUCAUCACUUUCAUUCUGGGUCUCUUUGUCACGCUAGUUGUCAAUCGCUGGACAACUAUACGGACUGCUUACUCCAAGCUAAUUGGUGCGACUUUGGACCUUUGCAUGCUCAUAUCUGCCCACCUGAACUCUGAGGGCGUGGAUGACCCCAGGACGGUGAGGGCACGCACAGAGCUCACCAGGCUGCUCAACCUUGGCCAUUUUCUUGUAGUGUCUGCCGCUGAUGCUGAGGACAGGCAAUUCAAGCCAGCACAUGGGAUGAAGACAGCGAUCAAGGUGAUUGGCCGCUCAGUUACAAAACGCUCCAAACUGAUCUCGAUGAUGUCAGACGAUGACGAUGUGCUGUGGAGCAAAAAAGCCAGGAACAUCGACUUCUUCGAUCUUGUCCAUGAGGGGCUGGUGAAUGCGGAUGAGUGGGACAUUUUGAAGGACAGCGAGAACAACGGGCUGCCAAGAUUCCAGAAAGUGUACUUCUGGACUCAGUCUCUGCUGCACCGAUGCAUGCAGGAGAAUUUUGUCAAAUCUCCUCAGAUCUUUGGCAUGAUGCUGGGCAAGCUGAACAUAAUUGUUGAGAAUGCAUCGCAGAUUUAUUCAACCAUUUCUUCGCAGCAAAUGCCAUACCCAUAUGUCCACCUUGUGUCCCUUGUUGUCCACGUGUAUCUCUUUGUGUGCACAACAUGGUACGGCAUAUUUUUGCAUGCGGGAUUUCCAACAGCAGAGAAGUUCGAAGGAAGCGUUGAUAAUGAGGAGAUUGUUGUGCAAAAGGGUAGAUUGGAGAUAUCAGACAACUAUUGGACAGCUGCGUGGUGUUAUGCCUUUGUCAUGUUGGCAAAUGUGAUGUUUCAGGGGCUGUUGGACAUGCACUCUCUGCUGGAUAACCCUUUUGGAACACAUUGUGCAAAGUUCCCUCUCAGGGCCCAGAUGAGUGGCCUCAUGAAUGCAACAAGGACAAUGCUGACUCACUCUGAUCAGAUGCCGGCUGCCUUCAAGGAUGUGUUUCCUGCAAGCUUGGAUUGUUCUCAACGUGGUGGAGAGAGAGACGGUGGAUCUUUCAUGGCUAAGGGCGUUGCCCCCGGCCAGGUACCAUCCAAUGUGUCAAGGUUUGCAGAUUUCCUUCACCCUCCAUCCAAGAAAGCAUUCGAUUAUGAGCCAAGCUUACCAAUUGGAGGGAAAGAUGCUGCUGUGUUAGACGUUGUGAAUGAGGAUGAAACUUGA